UAAAAAAAUAAAAAAAAAAAAAAAAUCCGCCUCAUAACACUUUUUUUCUUCAUCAGAGCAACAUCUCCGACCACCACCGCCCCGGAGCUUGUAACAACAACAACUUUACCCCUUUCUCUUCCUCUUGGUGAGCUUUCUUCAUCUACUUCUCCUCUAAAUUCACGAUUUUCUCAAUUUAGCUUUAAACCCUAAAUCAAGUUUAAUAUUGUAGUAUCUGGGUUGUUUCUCUUUUCCAUCAAAACCCUAUUUUUCAUUUAAAAAUUGAAUCUUUUAAACAUUACCAAUGGGUGGUAGUGGUAGUGAUGAUAAUGCACCAUUUUUGAAGAAGCCCAUAUCAGAAGAAACCCUCAAAUUACUCUUUGAUGUUUCCAACUCCAAUAACUUAGAAAACUCCUUAGAGAUUCUCAUUCAAACUUCCAAAUCCAGUUCUGGUCGUUCCAACCUUGCUUCCAAAACAAUUCUCCCUUCAAUUCUCAAUAUACUUCAAUCACAAACCUCUCUUUUAGAUCAUCAUAUUCUAUCUCUAUGUUUCAAGCUACUCAGAAACUUGUGUGCUGGAGAAAUUCUAAACCAGAAUUUGUUUCUUCAGUUUCAUGGAGUUGUUACUGUUGUUUCCACUAUUUUGAGGUCAGAGGUUGUUUCUGAUCUCAUGUUAGUUCGUUGGGGUCUGCAGGUUUUGGCAAAUGUUUCUUUGGCUGGGAAACAGCAUCAGAAGGCUAUUUGGGAAGAGUUGUUUCCACUUGGUUUUUUGUCUCUUGCAAGACUUGGAACAAAAGAGGUUUCUGAUCCAUUGUGUAUGGUGAUUUAUGUAUGCUGUGAUGGAAAUCCUCAAUGGUUUAGAGAGCUUUAUAGUCACAAUGGUUUGCCUGUAGUGGUAGAAAUAGUGACAACUGCUUCUUCGGCUAGUUUUGGCGAGGAUUGGAUAAAGUUGCUUCUUUCAAGAAUUUGCCUUGAAGAGUCUCAAUUGCCUGUAUUGUUUUCUAAGUUACAGUUUAAGGAUAUUCUUGACUGUGAAGAUACCAAGUCUAGAGAUGACCAGUUUUCAUCUGAACAAGUGUUUCUUCUGCAAAUACUAUCGGAAAUUUUGAAUGAGCGAAUCGGAGAUGUUACUAUUUCAAAGGAUGUUGCAUUGUUUGUUUAUGGAAUAUUCAAGAAAUCUAUCGGGGUUCUUGAGCAAGCAGUUAGAGGCAAGUCUGGUCUUCCCAGUGGCAUUACUGCAGUCGAUGUUCUUGGCUACUCUCUUACUAUGUUGAGGGACAUCUGUGCUCAUGACAGUAUCCGAGGUGACGAAGAGGAUGCAAACAAUGUUGUUGAUGUGUUAUUGUCAUAUAGCCUUGUUGAGUUGCUUUUGAUUCUGCUUGGGGACCUUGAACCUCCGGCAAUCAUCAGGAAAGGAAUCAAACAAUCUGAUAAUCAAGAUGGUGCUAAUUGUUCCUCAAAACCAUGCCCUUACAAGGGCUUUAGGAGAGACAUAGUUGCACUUAUUGGCAACUGUGUGCAUAGAAGAAAGCAUGUACAAGAUGAAAUCAGGAGUAGGAAUGGAAUUCUACUGCUAUUGCAGCAGUGUGUUACCGAUGAAGACAAUCCUUACCUGAGAGAAUGGGGCUUAUGGUGUGUUAGGAAUAUAUUGGAGGGCAAUGAGGAAAAUCAAAAGGUAGUUUCUGAGUUGCAGCUGCAGGGAUCUGCUGAUGUGCCUGAAAUUUCUGCACUUGGUCUUCGAGUCGACAUUGACCCAAAAACUAGGCGUGCAAAGCUUGUAAAUGUCCCAUGAAAUAAUAGCAUAACAUGGUUGUAUAAGUAUGUUAUUGUUACAUUUUUACCUGGUCUUUAUUUACUCGUA